AUGGCGGUGUCGUCGUCCAAGGCAAGUGCACGGCGGUUGCUUUCUGACUGUCUACCUACCUCCAUUCCUCCUCAAUGCUUCCCUGCCAACCACGCAUGCAGGGACGGCGGCGGCAACAACACCUCUCCUGCCUCGUCUCACGCCUUGCUUCAUCAUUCCUCGCCGCUGACGCACAUGCCUCGCCCAGCGCAGCCCAAGCUCGACAUCGAGCUCUACAUUCAAAACUACCUAGGCCGCACCCGCUUCGACCGUCUCCUUUUCAUCGGAAAGACCUGCGUGCCGCUCUGCGUCGAGGCCCUCAAGGCAGCCGUCGCCGAGGCCAAGAAGGCAUCGAAUAUCGCACAUUACCAGGAGGCAUGGGAAUCCAUCAGGGCUGCGGCUCCUGACGAGCCCGAGGCUGCAUGGGAUGCCAGCUGGGUGGAACGAACCGAGGCGGACAACCGCGUCGAGACUGCCCGACUCGAGUCGGAGCUCAAACGGUACAAGAGCAACAUGAUCAAAGAGAGCAUUCGGAUGGGCAACCAGGAUCUCGGCAGACACCUCGAAAGCAUCGGCAGGCUCACCGAAGCAUCCGACGCCUACGCUCGCAUGCGUCAGGAUGCCACGUCGACCAAGCACAUCGUCGACUGCGGCAUACGCCUCGCCAUCGUAUCGCUCCAGCGCAAGGACUGGAACAUGGUCAUCUCCAACGUUUCCAAGAUUCUCAACAUACCCAACGCCGAUGACAAUGACUCCGCCAACGUCUAUCCUAAAAUCUUGUCCGGCAUCGCCUACAUGAGCAUGGCCGCCUAUGCCACCGCCGCGGAGCAUCUUCUCCGCGCCGACUCGUCCACGUCGCCGGCCGUCUAUGCCGAGGUUGCGAGCUCUAAUGAUGUCGCCAUCUACGGUGCGCUGACCGCCCUCGCCACCAUGGACAGGCGGGAUCUGCAGCUGCGCGUCCUCGACAAUCAAGGCUUCCGCAUCUUUCUGGAGAACGAGCCCCACAUCCGCAGAGCCGUAAGCUUCUUCGUCAAUGGCCGUUACGCGAGCUGUCUGUCCAUCCUCGACGCCGCUCGCCCGGACUACCUGCUCGACAUACACCUGCACGACCACCUUCCCACCCUCUACUCCCGGAUCCGGACCAAAUGCAUCAUCCAGUACUUUGCACCCUUCUCCCGCGUCUCCAUCGAGAGCCUCGAGGCUGCCUUUGGCCGGGACGGUGAGUCCAUCGAGCCCGAGCUCAUCGGCAUGAUCCGAGAUGGGUCCUUGAUGGCCCGCAUCGACGCCAAGGACAGGCUUCUCGUCGCCGUUCGCCCCGACCAACGAGCCGAGAUGCAAAAGGAGGCUCUCGAGGUCGCACGCGGGUACGAGGAAGAGGCCAAGGAGCGUCUGCGACGCAUAAACCUCGUCGCCGCGGGCCUCGAAAUCGUCGGCAAGGCUAACCAUGACUACACGCUGGGCUUGCGUCCCAGCGAUGCGUUGUUCGACGAGGACGGUCGCCCCCUGCCUGCAGAAGCCGGUGCCGUCGAAAGCUACGGUUGA